CUCCCGCGCGUAAAUGGAAAGCUUUUACGCACCGCUCGUAUUCACUUUAAAGGAUGUUUAAUCGCUGAUUUUUUCUUUUAUUUUUUUAUUUUUUUGCCUGCACCAUACCUCGCCUGGUAGUUAAGUGGGACUUCAGCUCUGGUGAUGUGAGGGAUGGAUGCGGUAAUACCUCACAGAGCUGACACCAGAGGGUGGGGGGUAAAAAGCGAGGCGUGCGUCACUGGCAACUAAACGCCAGAGGGACAGAGACAUCAAUAACAUCGCGUUCAUCAAUAAGGAAUCUGGAUGGAGUUAGACUGCUUAAUUAAAUAGGCUGCUCUCUGAAUUUGUAUACUUUAAUCUGAUGACCCCCAAAGGAGAACAUCCGAGGGAAGACUCUUCAGCACCUCCAUCAGCGGGACAACUUAGACUCCAACCGCUCAGCGAUGGCUAUCAACACUGAUGCAGCCUUCGAGAAGAGUGGCCUGGGUGAGAGGGAAGUCUCCAACCCUACCGACUUCCAGGACACCGAGAAGCUGCUGAGCAAAGCCCCCACCGAGCCCACCGGGGAGAGCAACCUUAAACCAUCCGACUCCUUUUCUCUGAACACCAGAGGCAGCGUCCGCUCCCUGAACGCGGAGCAAAACGGACACAGAUCCCCGCUAAAGUCAGGCUCUUUCGGGCAGCUGACGGCCCCACCCAGGUCUACUUCCAGGCUCAGCCUGGGUCAGCUCUCCUCCCCGGUGCCACAGGGCUCCACGCCCCCGAGUUACCUCUGGCUGGCCAUCCUGUCCUGCUUCUGCCCCGCGGUGCCGCUCAACAUCUGUGCCUUGUGGUAUGCAAGUGUGUCGAGGUCAGUUCUCCACACUGGAGACAUUGAAGGAGCAAGAAAGUAUGGGCGUUUAUCCAUGCUGCUCAGCGCUCUGGCAAUGCUGCUGGGUGUGGCUGUAAUCCUCUUCAUAGUGUUUAACUUUGAGACCCAAAAAAACUGAAUCCAGGCGAAUGGAAAGAGCUUCCUUUAACUACACCAGAUCCCACAUUUGCACAAAGGAAAGAGGAUCUCAGAUUGAUGAAGACUGAAGAAUCACAAGCACAACAUAGGAGCUG